AUGCUGUCCCUGGACCUAAAGUUGAAUUCUCGCAUUCAACGAAAGCGACGUCGACGCUUGGAGUCAUUGGUCAAUAAACUCUCACUUUACUCCCUCCAGUGCUACAGUGAGAUCUCUGUGGUAAUUGCUCAGUACAAGUUGGCACCAGAAUUACUGCAAGUUGAGAAGUAUUUUCUUGCAAACCGGUCAGCAGGUUUAAUGCCAAACUGUAACCGAACAGACCUCGAAAAUAUGCGGCGCUCCCGAAGGAAAACACUGUGGAAAAUGCUCCAGCGAUACGAAGCAGACUGUCACUGUAAUAUUAACUGUUCGCUGGUGGAAUUAGGACUGGAGUCAGGGGGUCAGAUAUGGCAGGAAGAGAGCCGUAAACUUCAGUACAAGUCAAAGCGGCUCAUUAUAGAUGGCACAUUUCCACCUUCGCAAGCCUACCUGGAAAAGGUUUAUCCACUCCCGGUUCAAGUUUGA